GCCAAGAGUACCUCAGUCCAGAUCUUAAUAUGUUCCACAUGUACAGGCUGUACAAAGAGAAGAACCCCAUGGCGAAGGCAAAAUUCUGGCUCUAGUGGGACAUUAUCACUCAGCAGAAUAUCACAUUUGGCCAACAAAGCACCGACAAUUGCUCUAAAAUGUUAUAGAUUCUACAAAAAACUGUCAUCAGUAGCCACAGGAGAGGACAAAGGUUUUGGCGGAGAGUGAGCUGCACCACAGGAAAGCUGAGAAAGCAUACUCACAGCUCCAAAAGGACACAGAGUGGGCCAAAGCCAACAGUGACUGCCAUGUUAGAUGUGUAGAUUUGCAGGGUGUGAUGUACACACCUAGCCUAUCUCACACCAACAUCUACUACCAAAGGCAGCUAUCAAACUACAACCUUUCGGUUCAAGACUUAGGAACAGAGGAGCCUGAAACUAUGUGCAUCUGGCAUGAAGGAGUUGCCCACAGGGGAUCUUUAGAGGUGGCAAGCUGUGUCCUGAAGUGGGUCCAGACCAAGUUUACUCCACUGGUCAAGCCAAGAGAGAGUGACAGAUGCUGUGGCCAGAACAACAACUGG